GGCGUGUUCCUCAGCUUUUCCUCAUUAUUUUCAUUCUUAUUCGAAAUCUAAAUUGAACCGUUGCAAUGCCAACCGGCAAGUCUGAAUCUUCUGAUAUUUCUGAAGUUGUUGGUAACAUGGAAAUAUCUAAAGUUGAGGGUCUUGAAGCGUGUAUCGGAAUGAGCCACGAAGUGUCCACUACUCCAGCUGCUGAGUUGGCUGCUUUCAGAGCACGCAAGGUUGCUCUGAUUACUGGAAUUUCUGGACAAGACGGUUCAUAUCUUGCUGAGCUUCUUCUUUCAAAAGGAUACAAAGUUCACGGAAUCAUCCGUCGUUCAUCUUCAUUCAAUACCGCAAGAAUCGAACAUCUGUACAGUAAUCCAAUUACUCAUCACGGUGAUUCUUCAUUCUCUCUUCACUAUGGAGAUAUGACUGAUUCAUCUUGUCUCAUCAAGCUCAUUUCAACUAUCGAGCCAACCGAAGUGUAUCAUUUGGCUGCUCAAUCUCACGUCAAAGUGUCUUUUGAUUUGCCAGAAUACACUGCUGAAGUAGACGCUGUUGGAACUCUUCGCCUUCUCGAUGCAAUCCAUGCUUGUCGUUUGACUGAAAAAGUUCGAUUCUAUCAAGCAUCCACAUCCGAAUUGUAUGGAAAAGUUCAAGAGAUUCCACAAAGUGAGAAGACUCCAUUCUAUCCAAGAUCUCCAUAUGCUGUUGCCAAGAUGUACGGGUACUGGAUUGUUGUUAACUAUCGUGAAGCCUACAAUAUGUUUGCUUGCAAUGGAAUUUUGUUCAACCAUGAGAGUCCAAGAAGAGGAGAGACAUUCGUGACUCGUAAGAUCACUCGUUCAGUCGCUAAAAUCAGUUUGGGGCAACAGGAAAGCAUUGAGCUCGGAAAUCUGAGUGCUCUUCGUGAUUGGGGACACGCCAGAGAGUAUGUUGAAGCAAUGUGGAGAAUUCUUCAACACGACUCACCAGAUGAUUUUGUGAUUGCAACUGGAAAACAAUUCAGUGUCAGAGAGUUUUGUAAUCUUGCAUUUGCUGAAAUUGGAGAAGUAUUGCAAUGGGAAGGAGAAGGUGUUGAGGAAGUUGGAAAGAAUAAAGAUGGAGUUAUUCGAGUUAAAGUUAGUCCAAAGUACUACAGACCAACUGAAGUGGAGACUUUAUUGGGAAAUGCUGAAAAAGCAAAGAAGACUCUUGGAUGGGAAGCAAAGGUUACGGUUCCGGAACUCGUCAAAGAGAUGGUUGCAAGCGACAUUAUCCUUAUGAAGUCCAAUCCAAUGGCUUAAUCAUUUAAUCAACUCGAUCACAAUUUCCAAAUUGCUUUAUUAUUUUUUAAUAGUUCCCGUUUUCUCUGUUAUUCUACCUAACUUAUUGAUGAUUGCUGUGAUGCUUUUGGGACCUCUGGGAUUAUUAUUUGACCUUCCUUUUUUUGAACAAUGAAGCAUUCUGUUUCGGG